ACAGACUGGUCUUUUCUGUGCGUGACUACUUACUUUGUGUGCAGCACUCUUACUUCUCUUAUAUAUUGGGCACAUCAUCAUGGUAAACGUAUGGAUAAUGAAUCAGGGCAUGCGUGCACUCCAGAGGAACAAACGUCUUCACAGAGGGAUCCUUAUUCAAAUACCACACGUGUGACUCCUGAAUCAAGUGACUCAGGGGAUGGUUCGCAGCAAGAACAGUAUUAUGACUCUUAUGAGGAUACUGAACAAAUCGAAGCAUCGGCACAAGCUCAAGAUAUUGAUGAAAGUGAGAUUCCAUUGGUUGUUGUAACCGUAGAUUAUUGCCAAACAUGGUAUCACAAAUUCACCUGGCUGUUUUACAUCAUCGCUGCAAACAUUGCGCCUGUUGUAACAGUAGUGUUCUGGAGUUUUUUAUAUUCAGGAGGCGCUGUUCAUGAAAUAGAUAUAGCUUUUCAUGCAAUGAACUCGGUUUUUAUGUUGAUAGAAACUUGUCUUAGUUCAAUUCCCGUAUGUCUUUUCCAUGUGGUUUACGCUGAGCUGUAUGGAAUGAUAUACGUUAUAUUUACAGUGGUGUAUUGGCAGAGUGGUGGCACGGACACCAAUGGCGAAGACCACAUUUAUCCACUCCUAGAUUAUGGGCAUAAACCAUAUAUUACUGCUCUAGCAAUCACUGUCAUUGCACUAGUUGGGCUUCCUUUGGCUCAGUUGUGGAAUUUCGGAAUGUUUACACUGCGGUGUCAUUUUAACAGGAUGAGAAGUCGUCAAUAAUCGAACAGUAGAAACUCUGUAUUUCCAUCCAGAACAAAUAAAUUAUAGGUUUUUAUGUUCCUGCAUUAAGGUAGACUGGUAUCCAAAGUUUGCAUCUUUGAUUAAAUCGCGACGUUGACAGAAAUAUUUUCUUGUUUAGUAUCUUAUUUAGUAUUCUUGUUUUGUAUCUCGUCCAAAGCUCUGCACACCUACAGGGUUAAAAGGUGAGGGAUUCUGCACACAGGGGUCAAAUGUCUGCGCAUGUGCGUUUGCCCAUGUCCUAAACAGUAGCGUGUUUUCGGGCUGCCAAAACCAAGUUGUUUCGCGCUAGUUAUAAACUAGCACACAAGCUAGUAAGUCACGGUGUUUUGGAAGCGUAAAGCUGUUUUGGUAAUACUCAAAACAAACGGACUGGAUCACGGAUCAUGCCAAAUACGAAGUGACUAAGCGUCCUGCGGCCGGACACGGUCUUAAAAUAACCAAACGUCCGUCAGUCCGAUAUUUUCCCAUAUUUCUCUUCGAAAUCCAAAAAAUAUUUAAACGACAAUGUUCAACUUUCAUUUAAAAUCUUCAAGCGCUUCCAGGCAGCCAAAAAUUUCGAACUUGAUGUUUUUCGCUAACCCUGUAUACAGCGAGCGAAGCCAUCUAAGUGCUUGACACUUUCAAUGGAACGGCCGGACACGGUCCUUAAAUAACUCCGUAUUUCUAUUUGAAAUACCCCAAUUUUCCCUGAAUAAUUUUCUACCUUUAUUUAGAAUCCUCAAGCGCUUCAAGAAAGUGGAAAAGUUCGAACGUUGUCUUUGUCACCGACCUUGUACACAAUGUACGAAGAGAUACAAGCGUGACACUUAGAAAAUUUUCUUCGAACACUGCCGGACACGGUCUGCCAAUAACUGAAACGUCUGGCAGUUCGACUGUUCCACUCAAGUCAGCACUGCCGGACUUUUUUUUGUCAAAUUUCUUAAACAGCGUAAAAGCUGCGUAAAAGGCCAUCACCUGUCCCCUAGCCCCUUUUCUUUCACUUCCAAACUUCCAGGAGCACCGGAGGGCAUACUGGAAAAAAUCUCGUUAUUUUCUUCUGGUUUAAAAAUUACUCUUUCAACUAGUUACAAUGAGUCUUAUCAUCUUGAGUUCUUAUCUUCCGCUAGCGUAGCAGACCGUGUGCUUUAUUUUGAACACGCGCAGAAGUCAACCGGAAGCAAUAACUAAACAAUGCAAACAUGCGUAGUUAAAACCGGAAUCCCACGAAUUCCGUUCAUAUACAGCUCUAUGGCGACCAUACCGUUGAUAAAGAGCCAAAAUGACUCGGAUGGGCUGGAGAUCAGAGAUGCCUGUGGAUGACGAGACUGGGUUGGAACCGGAAAUGCGCAUUUGGCGCAUGACGUCAAAGAACCGUUUGUGUAUUACCAUUGAGACAAUUGAAGUUUGUUUACGCACAUCAAAACCAGUGAGUUGGUGUAUACUUGAAUCCUAUUUAGUAGUUACUGACCAAGUGUCCAUCAUGUGCCGCGACGAGUUUCGUUUGUCUCAAGUCAAAUUGUAUCAUUCUGACGCCAAAGAUUUCAUCCGAUCACUGGUGAGUGUAUAUCUAAGUUAUUUCAAGGAUGUUGUAAGAAUGCGAAUAAAUAACUAGCGUUAUUAAGUCAAAAAGUUGACCGAAGGGUUCAGUGGAUGAUCGCUGACCUUUAGCUCUCACAUUUGCCACGUUAUAAAUUUUCCAUCAGGGGGAUUUAUGUGUUGAUGUCAGCCCCUUGCACUCAAUGUUCGUGUUCCUACAUCCUGUUGAUAUUCGUACCAGUUGUUUGUUUUCAAGCGUGUUAUUGUUCGAUCGAUUUCGCAUAAUUUUGACGCUAAUAUUUAAAGCAAAUAAUUUUCGCAGAAAUUGUCUAAUUCUAUUGUUUCAUUAAAUCGCUUGGCCGAGUGAGGUUGUUUCUGUUCUAUUGGAGUUAUGGGUGAAAAUCUAGGAGCGGAUGGAACCCAGCGUGCCGCUGUGUCCUAUCUGCACGUCGGCUCUACCUCACUUCCUAAAUUUGAUUACGGCAAAGAGCAUUUUAAACAUAUUAGGUGAUCUAUCAAUUUGCUGGUGAGCUGUUCACUGUAGAUUAGUAGUUGUUAUUCGUGAGAAUUUUCUUCAUUAAGAACUUGUACUAUCUAAAAAAUGUUUGUCAACCUGUGGCAAUAUUAACCACUGUUUAGUGAUACAUGAGUGGGUGUGAGAGAUGUUCAAGUGUGUCGUCAUAAAACUCGCUGUUGACGAGUAAUUAUUUGUCACUCAAAGCUGUAUUUUUUUUUUCAAGCACUUAAUGUUUAUUCGAACUGUUUGUUUCUCUCUCUUUCGUAAUGUGAAGCGCUUAGAGGUUUACCUUCGGCUUUAUAUGAAUUUCACUUUAUUUAAUUUAUUUAUUCAGUCGAGAGAGAAGCCUUAUUUGAGCUCUUUGUUUUGCACGUCACGUGAGAGGGCAAAAAUAUUUGUUCUCGUUGGGUAUUGAUAUCAAUAAUUCACACAUUCCCCUGUUCUUUUCCUUAGUGGCUCCCAGCUGCCCUGGUGACGGCAUAUCGCUGUGUUUUUAGCGCGUAUUGCUUGGGUUGGAUCAUAUAUAGCGGUUUCCAUCCCGCUAAUGGCGCAGAAAAAUGGUUCAUCUAUUUGACAAACUGGGCUUUUACCUUUGUGACGAUGUAUUUCUUGUGGGCUUCUGUUGUCAGCGUUCUGCAUCACUUUGGAAUCACAAACAACCAGGUGGACAUGCAAAUGAAGGCUAUUGGCAAUCAUGACAGUGACGCAGAGGGAGGAGAAGGCCUGGGCGAUAGUGUCCAUAAAUCCGCAGUGAAGAUGUCGUGGUAUCACAAGGGAUUAUGGGUCGUUUUUAACAUUGCUGCCAAUACCGCCAUUAUGGUGACCCUUUUGUACUGGACACUAAUUUUUGGCGGCACAACCAGUGGUCUGGAUGUGAGUACCCAUCUGAUAAACAGUGUUAUGAUUGUUGCAGACAUAAUGCUGAGCUGCGUUCCUGUCAGAAUUCUCCAUGUUGUCUAUCCACUGGUCUUGGGUAUUUGUUAUCUGUUGACAACUGUUAUCUUUUGGGCAGUUGAUGCGACUAACGCUCGUGGUGAGCCAUACAUCUAUUCCUACAUAGAUUACAACAACAGCCCGGGUUUUUCAAUCGGUCUUGUGUGCGGCUUUAUUCUAGUUGGGCAGCCUGUGGUUCAAAGUCUCCUUUUCGGUUUGUACAAACUACGCUGUUUUCUGGGCCUGAAAUGUGGCAAUAAAUCGUAA